UAAAAUAUUGGAUCUUAAUGAAUUUAGGAAUCCAAAUGACAAAAGAAUAAAUAAAAGUGUCUUAAAUACAAUUCUACACAAGUAAAAGAGUUCACUAAACCAUUUCACCUAAAUUAUAUUCAAGCCAAAUAAUUUCCUCCUCAAUACUCAAAAUUUAUCAAUAAUUAACUUUCAUUAUCCAAACAACCCCUAAAAAUCAAGCUUAGAUAAAACAGAAAGACAGCAGAUUACAAAUGGUCCAAAGCAUGAAUAUUACGCGGCACCUAGGGAAAUACAAUAUGGACAAAUCAGACCCAUUGUCCCUUAAAUCGAUAUAUCUCCAUCACAUUACCCACAAUUAAAAAGACAUUUUGUCUAAAUAUUAAAACUUUCCACUAGUCCAUCUUUUCAAAGCCUUUUUUUUGUUGAAGAAAUGGGAGUAACAAUACAUGCAAAAUCGGAUUCAGAGGUUACUAGUAUCGAUGCAUGUUCACCAAGAAGAGCACUGUAUUAUGUUCAGAGUCCAUCACACUCUCAACAACAUGAUGUUGAGAAAAUGUCAUAUGGAUCUAGCCCAUUUGGGUCACCAACUCAUCACUACCACUGCUCUCCCAUUCACCAUUCACGUGAAUCCUCUACUUCUAGAUUCUCUGCUUCUUUGAAAAACAAUCAACUAGCUGUCUGGAAGAGAAUACCUGGAACUAAUAACUACGAGGAUAAUGAGGCUGAGGCUGAAAACGGUGAAGACGUAGACUAUGAUAAUAAUAGCAAAUCAGUCAAGUUCUAUGUGGUCUGCUUUCUCUUUUCUUUUAUCGUGUUGUUCGCCAUCUUCUCUCUCAUACUUUGGGCUGCUAGUCUACCUUACAAGCCAAAAGUCUUUGUUAAGGGUAUGGUUAUUGAAAAUUUGAAUGUACAAGCAGGAAUAGAUGGUACCGUGGUACAAACGGAUAUGUUGAAUCUAAAUUCAACGGUGAGGAUAUAUUAUCGGAACCCAGCAAGUUUUUUCGGAGUGCAUGUCUCAGCUACACUACUUGAACUUCAUUAUUACAAGCUCAAGCUCGCCUCUGGUCAAAUGAAGAAGUUCUAUGAGGCAAGGAAGAGUAAGAGGAUUGUGGUGGUUGUUGUUCAAGGCCAUCAAAUUCCAUUGUAUGGCGCAAUAUCAGUUCUUAGUGAUGCUAAAAAACAGAUUCAGAGUGUGUCUCUACCUCUCAACUUAACAUUCCUAGUAAGAUCAACAGCGUAUAUAUUGGGAAGGCUUGUGAAGCCCAACUUCUCUAUUCAUAUCUCUUGUCAACUAACUCUUAAAGGCAAUCACCUAGGCAAACACAUCAAUUUGACGAACUCUCAUUCUUGUACUUAUUCAUGAAUUACUUCUUUUUCUAUCUUUGUCCACUAAUUCAAAUUUUUCUUUUUACACGACUGCCA